AUGGCCUUAAUUCAUAAUUAAAAUGAUAUGCAAAAUAUUUUUAGCAAGGCAGGAAAGAUUACUUCGGAGAAAUAUAUUAUAUUUUAAAGAAAAGAAGAGAUUUUUAACAAUAGACCCAGAUAUUUUAAUGGGAAAUCUUAAUCUGUUGCGUCUUCAGAAGAUGUGAAUCAACAAUCUGACAAGAAAAUGCCAGAAAUAUCAAAUAAUAAAUAAUAAUAAGAGUAAAUUACAGAAGCAGAAUUGAUUUAACGCAAAAAUUAAGUCAAACUUUCCCAACCAUUCUCAAAACAACUGUCCAGAUAAGUAGGUCAUUACACAAAACUGAGUAAAGACAGUAAACCUUCUUGUGGGUAAUAUCAUGUUAAAUACAGUGAACUGGAUAAGUAUGUAUUGAAAUAAUGAUUAAAAGGGCAAUUCAUUCAAUUCAUGAUUAUGAUAAAUCCCUCAAGCAUACAAUACCUUUAGAAGUUCCUGGGAAGCAUGGAGAACCUGAGAAUAUGGAGUAAGUAAUUGAUAUAUGAAUAGCAAACCUGUAGUGGAUAGGCCCAGAUUUUCUAGAACUUGUUUUAUUGAUCUCGUAAGAUAGUCACCUAGGUAUAAGUUUGCAAAAGAUCAUUAGACCUGACAUCUUUUUUGGAAGACCAACUCCGCAUCCAGAUAGAUUUACAUAUUUGAAGGUGACAGACUCAUGGAGCAAGAUUCCCCGAACUCCAUCAGUCUAAUUAUAAAAACAAUUGUCAAGAGAUUAAAUGAUUAUUUAUAAAAAGAAAUAAUUUGCACCAGAUUAUCACCCAAAUUUUGAGUUUGGUAAAAAGUAUAUGAAUCGAUCUAUAAAUAGAUAAUUGGGUAGCUGCGGAGCACCAUUCGAUAAAUUAGAGAUGAGAAAGGAUAUAAUGACCAAAAUACCUCCUUAUAAUCAUGAAACAUAUUUUGAAUAUGAUGUCUAUUCAAAGGAUCCGAAUAGUAAACUUUUUAGAAACCCUACGGCUCCAAAUUUUAAAUAAAUGUUGGAUAGGGAGUAGGAUGGAAAAUCUCUUUUGCCAAGUUUUAUGCAGGUAAUAAUAAUUUGGAAUUUAUAAGAAAUAUUCGAAUACUCGUAUGGGUAUUACUCAUUUACAUCAAAAAAUGCUUGAAGUCAACAAUUUUAGAGAUGGAAGAUUUCAAACUGUUACUUCGAGUUUCUUACCUAGUAAGGCAUUCAAAAAAAGACCAUAAUUGGAUGAAUCAAGUGAAGAGAUUGAAUAAAUGGAAGAAUAGUGA